CAUUCCCCGAAUACCUUAACUCGCCUUCUUCUCCACGAAACCUCUCUCGAACUCGCACUCGCACUCCACGCUCUCGAGCGCACCAAUUGAGCUUCUCUCCCGCCCGUCUCGUCAUCGCCGAUUACCUCACAUAUACCGUUCACGAUGCUGCGCACAUCAGCCUCCAACCUGCUGCGCAAGAGCCUGGUGCGCAGCACUCCCGCCCUGGCCUCCCGAGCUGCCUCGACUCACGCCAUCUCUAACCCGACCCUCGCCAACAUCGAGAAGCGAUGGGAGGGCAUGCCUCUCCAGGAGCAGGCCGAGCUCUGGAUGGCUCUGCGUGAUCGCAUGCAGUCCAACUGGACCGAGCUGACCCUCCAGGAGAAGAAAGCUGCUUACUGGAUUGCCUUCGGUCCUCACGGUCCCCGCGCUGUCGACCCCCCUGGAACCGGUGCCCGCGUCGCCUGGGGCGUCUUCAUUGGUCUUGCCGCCAGUGUCGCUCUCUUCGGUGCUGUCCGUGUUGUCGCCAAGCCCGCUCCUUACACCAUGACCCAGGAGUACCAGGAGGAGACCAACGAGUUCCUCAAGAACCAAAAAUCCGAUCCCUUCACCGGUAUCACCUCUCCUGGUUAUGCUGGCAAGGGUAUGGUCCAGUCUCCCCCCAAGGGCAACUAAAUUCAAUACACAACAUCGUUUCCUUUGUGCUAGAAGUUGGAGUGACUACGGAGACGUAUUGAUGUGUAAAAGGGCCUCUGGUGUGCAUGGGCAUGACUAGGGGUUUCGAGGUCGCUCCAGAGAUAUCAAGUCCUCUUGGUGUAAAUACUGUACUACAACAACGGAACCCGAGUCGAGUCAUUUGUUUGAUUGAAUUUGUUUGCUUGCCUAUCUCUGUGGGAGCAUACCCAAAACUCUGCCUGACCAUUCUGUCGACA